AUGAGUUCAAUUUCUUCAUUAUCAAUUACAGUUCCACAACAAGUUAUCCAUUCAUCAUCUCGUCAUGACUCAAGUGGCAAUAGGUCCAUAGACGUCCAUGACAUUGAGCUACAAAAUAUUGGGCAGACGUAUGCAGACACCAACAAAGCCUCAGGAUUACAGUAUGAUCCUUACCGUGAACAAACUCAUCAAUUGGGGACAUCUCUCCGUCGACGCCGGCCAAGCAGUGCCACAGAUCUCACCAACAACUCAGUUGGGUUAAUGUAUGGAAGUGAGGCAAAUCCUCAUGAGUUUCCAGAAGGAGGAAAGGAGGCCAACUUGGUACUUCUUGGUUCAUUUCUUGGAUUGGUUGCUGAUUUCGGUAUCCCCAAUGCCUUAGGAGCAAUUGAGUCAUACGUCUCCUCGAACCAAUUAAAAGAUGUUUCAAAGGCUGACGUGGGGUGGGUGUUUUCCUUGCACUUGGGUGUGAUGUAUCUUGGAGGGGUAUUUUUUGGAGAAUUGUUUGACACGUAUGGUGCUAAGAAGCCCUUGAUUGGCGGUACAAUUUUAAUGUGCGCUGGGUUGUUUUGUACUGCAGAGUGCAAAACAUUAUACCAAUUUGUUCUAAGCUUUUCCGUUUUAACAGCAAUUGGGACAAGUGUUGCCAUGUCACCGUUGAUUGGAGCUUUGAGUCAUUGGUUUCUCAAGAAAAGAGCAAUGGCGUGCUCAAUCGCUACAAUUGGCGGCUUAGUCGGAGGUUCAUGCUUUGCGAUUAUGUUGCAGCAGUUAUAUGACAAAAUUGGGUAUAAGAAUGCAAUCCGGGUGUUGAGCUGUAUAUGCUUCUUCUGUAUGGGCUGUGCUAUUUUGCUAGUUCGUGAGAGGAAGGUGAGAACGGGAGAUGCCGGUGGAAGAAAUAGCCCCGCAAACAGAAGUGGUCGCAAUUCAGUUGCAGAAUUGGAACUGAUUGAAGAGGAGAUUGCUAUUGUUCGUGAGGAGAGUGUUGAACAACCCGCUUGGUCGAAAAUAGCAGGGUUUGUCAAAGGCGCGUUGGACUUUUCAGUUUUGAAGGAUAUGAAGUUUGUGUCAUUGACAUGGGGUGUAUUUCUAGCCGAGGUUGUCUCGAUGACCACUUUGACCUAUUUGGGGUCGUAUGCGUUGGAGUACGACGUUAGUGACACUCUGUCGUACUUGCUAUUGACAAUCAUUAACGUGUGUGGUAUUCCAUCUCGGUUGCUAUCGGGGAUAUUCGCUGACAAAUAUGGUAGGUUCAACAUGAUGAUGUUCUCGUCAACGUUCACGACUAUAUUUAUCUUCGGUCUUUGGUACCCAGCUAAAAGCGCAACCUUACUAUAUGUAUUUGGCGUGAUGUUUGGUAUAUCUUCAUCGGCUGUGAUAUCUUUGAUACCAGCUUGCACUGGCCAGAUAUGUUCGUCAGAACGGUUUGGCAAAGUGUAUGGUACUUUGUAUUUCUUUUUGGGGAUCUUGACCAUAUUGGGUAUGUAUUUUGCUACCUUAGUGAUUGGGAAGGGCACCAAGAGUAACUACAGUAACUUUGUUUUAUUCGAAGGAGCAUUGAGUGCAACAUCUAUAUUGGUGUGGAUUUGGGCUAAAUACAGUGCUGUUGGAUGGAGAUGGUGCAAAUUCUGA